CAUUUAGAGGAAUGAAGCAGUUUACUUUUGAGAACACCCCAUACUUGACUGUGAGCUCCGAUUCCAUUUGUAUACUACUUUGAUUCCGACAUGCGAUUAUGCGUUCAAGCUGCUUAUAUCGGCUGUAGGCAUAGGAAUAAAAUGACAAUCAACUCAUAGAAGAGACUCUAGUAAUAAGCUCGAAGCAAAAGUGAAUGUCGGAGACCAGUGUUGUGUAUUAUUAUAAUUUAUUUCCCACUCUCUAGCGAAAGAGUUAACCCGUGGCGACCAUCGGCGUUUUAGAGGUGAAGAAGAACCAUCAGUUCUAAAAACAAAGAUAUGGAGGAAAACAACGGCAAACUGAAUAUGUAGAAAGUUUGAUAAGGAGGUAGGGAGAGAGAAUCAAAGGAAACAUCUAUUAAAAUAUACGGGUCGUGCUUAUUGAUCGAAUGUUAACCGCAAGGAAGAUGGCGAGAGAGGAUGCAGCAAAAUAAACAGACUUCAAGAGGAAAGUUUGUUGCUGUGAGAGAAAAAAAUAACGCAUUGUGAGACCAGGUGCGGAAUGGAGUACCGAGAACAGCAUUCAGGGAGGCAUUUCUGCCCGGGUGACGGCCGGCGAGUAUUAUGAAAUGUGUAAUAAUUGGAAAUAUUGAUGUGUUGUGUCUGAUGAAGAAUGUACGAGGCUCAAAUCGGAGAGAAGGAAGUGUGGUAGAAGCGCCGCUUUAACCCAGAUCAAUAACUCGGCAUUUUCUGAUUUUGAUCGUCAAUAAAGAGGGAUAUUUUGAUGUGUGGUUAUCUGGAACACGUUUCGACGUUCUGGACUGAUACAAGAUUUUUUUCUUCCGAGGCAGAUUGUGGAGACGAAUUAAACAUAUGAAUUACACACGCCACUGGAAAAGUUGCUCAUCUUCACCGCCAUGGAUUUGUGCGGGUUCGUCUGGAAGAAUAUAUAUUACGUUCCGCUUCUGGUGGAGCUAAUGUUAUUCAAUGUCCUUCACCUCACUGGGGGAGAAACGAUUCAGAGUAGGGACUCAAGGAAAAAUACAGUUUAUGUGCCAUUUACAGGCAAGUCCAAUUCAUCGGAAGAUGGGCAAGUGCCGUUUAGUCCAAUUUCCAUACAAUCCUCUCUAGCUUUGCAUUAUAUAGAUUCUGUGAUUAAAAAUCCUAGUAAAAACUGUCUAUAUAACAGGUCGGCCGUAACGUUGGAUUCAUACAAGUUAAAUAUAGUGAACUCGUCUUUCUGCAAAUUGUACAAGUCUCAUGCAAAACAGGUUGUGUGGAUAGCUAGAGCGUUGACUGGAUUACUUAAAGACCACAACACAAUAAAAGUAGCAAAUCAGAUCAACUUUCAUAAAAAAAUUUUGUAUGAAUUAUUAAAAUCAACUUUCUUUGACAAUACUCAGAUAGCAGGAAGCGGUAUUGCUUUUGACAACGACACAUUUCUCUACAUGGCAAAGUCUGACUCUGAUAAUCCUACAGGCUUUCAGAACUUGUCUAACAAGUAUAACUUUACAGACGCUGGAUUCUACUCGAUUCCUGCAAAAAGAAAUUACACCGAGGUGUGGAACCAGAGAAACGAGAGCUUUGACAAUAUGAAUAUCCCUCCGCUAGAUGUUCAGGAUGGGUAUUGGACCGAUCCUUAUUUUGAUUGCAUGAACCUAGAAAAAUGGAUUAUCACGUAUUCGGUGCCUUUCUUUCACCGACCAAGAGAAAAAGCAGUUUUCAGUGGAGUUAUAAUGAUUGACAUUGACAUUAACCAAUCAGAUGUGAACCAAUGUGCAAGUGACCAACAGCUUUUUUCCGAGUCAAACAAAUGUUUGCCGGAAACGACACAAUGUGUUCAUAUCCCUGGUGGGGGAUUAAGAGCAGGGAGCUAUAAAUGCGUGUGUCAAAAGGGAUUUUAUUUUCCGGACAAAAAUAGCACCACUAAGUCUUUUCCUGGAUCCGAGUUAGAGCAAGCUUUCUUGAAUUUCUGGAACAACAAGACCAACUUUUCCAACGUUGAGUAUCAGUGUCUUCCAUGUCCACGAGGCUGUGAAAACUGUGUCGACGACACGCGAUGCAUGGCGGAAUAUAACGUGUUAUUACGGGGAAUACCGCUAGGGAUUCAAAGUUUUUGUAUAACAGUGACAAUCGUGAUUGGGAUCGUUGUGUUACGACUCCGGAAAUCAAAGGUGAUGGUAGCAAGCAUGUGGAUCCUUCUGGAGAUGGUGCUUAUUGGCGCUGUCUUAUUGUACGCUACGAUAAUAAUACAGUACUUUGAGCCUACGACGACCAUCUGCAUCAUGAUUCCGUGGUUCAGAGAGAUGGGCUUCGCAGUGGUGUACGGAUCGCUCGUUCUCAAAGUAUACAGGCUUUUAUCAGAGUUCCAGUCAAGAAAAGCCCAUCGUGUGCACGUUCGAGACAAAGACUUACUCAAAUAUCUGUGUUGUGUGAUAAUAGUUGUGUUAGGGUAUAUGUCCGCCUGGACAACAGUGACCUACGACCAUAUAGAUAACGGAGAAGUUAUAUUAGAAUACGGUUUUACCAAAGACAAAUUAAAAUAUGUUGUGUGCAAAUCUGGCUGGUGGGAGUAUGUGGUAGAAAUAGCCGAGUUGCUGUUUUUACUGUUCGGCAUCUAUCUGUGUUACCGGGUGCGAUCAGCGCCGUCAGACUUCGCAGAAGGUACCUACAUCACAGCAGCUAUCUGUUACGAAGCAGUCAUCUCCAUUGUCUUCUAUGUUCUCAGACACGUGUACUGGACAGACCUGCAUCCCGACUACCUUUUCCUUAUGUCCUUUGUUCGGUGUCAGCUUACAGUGACGAUCACGCUGUUGCUUGUAUUUGGACCAAAGUUACUGUACGCUCAUCGACCUCCCGAUGACCACCACCCCAGGAACCGAGCUUACUCCUCCUCGGACGUACAGGAAAACAUGUCCCCGGAGUCCAUGAAGCUCAAUGUGGGCAUCAGCUCCAAUGGCGACGUGGACGUGGCGGAAAUCAGCCUGGCCGACAUGGACCCUGAAGAUAUUCGAGCGGAGUUAAAACGGCUCUACACUCAGCUUCAGGUCUACAAAACCAGAAUUAUGAGGAAGGACAAUCCCCAUAUUUCUAAACGCCGGGGCGGCAGGAAGCAAACUCACAGGAGGUUCUCCAUACAACCGUUUCACCUUAAGAGUCGGCACGAGCGCAACUGUCCGGUCGAACACGAGCAUGAGAUCUCCAAGACACCGGAAGAGUCUACUAAUAGCGCAGAAAUGUCAAUAUUUGAACCUGGGAUUAAAGAGGAAAAUCUAGAGAAAGAAAAGGACAAUAAAAAGGAACACUGCACAGUGACAUUUAAAAUGAGAUAAUUAGACUAAACAAAAUAUUUAUGAUAUUUCAUUCUCUUACUAAGGUUUUUGUGUAACUGAGGUUGGAAUCAGGGUAUUAGUUAUUAGAGACAGAUUGUAUCCCAAAAAGGGUCAGCUAUUACUGGGUGCUCUUGCCAUCGCGUGGGUAGGUACUUGGAGAAGGAGAUCGCAUGCGGCCAGUCAUGGCUCUUAUGUCUUUACUAGAAUCAUGAUCGAUGACGGGAAAAGUCAGGUCAGUUAUAUUAUGACUAUUAGUCUGUUCCCAUCACGGUGUAAGGGGUUUGUUAUUAACCUUUUCAUAUGUCAUAUGUUAUUAUUCUGAUAUUAUAAACUGAAGUCUGCAGGUCGGGUCGAUAUUAUAAAUAUGCCAAACUAGGUGCCAUGUACUGCAGAGAAAGGGAGGUCAGAAAGUGCUCAGAAGAGAGUUCUACGUAUAUCUUAAUGUACAUUUCCCUUGAUUCAGUAUACUUAAAUCUGAUUUUCAUUCUUGCACACAUUCAAAAAAUAUAUAUAUAUACCAAACCUCGUGUUGUUUUAAAACUCUUAUCUUGUAUUCAGUGUCUUGUUUUGUAUAUUUAUUUAUUUUUAGUUGGAUUUAGUUUGUAUAUGAUAGGACUUGCUCAAAAUGUCUAUCUAGUUCAGUCAUGUGAUCAUCUGUAGAUCAAAGUCAUGAACAGGACAACAGCCCGUGCUUCGUUUAUUUUCGUUUUGUGAAAUCUGUCGCAAAAAUACACUGUCUAGUUAGAACUUCCAGCAAAUGUCACGGCAACGUUUUUUUCUGUAAUAUAAUAUUUUUCCAUGCAUUAAUAAAUUCUUAACAUUCAAAUGUCAUUUCUAUACUUUAUAGAUUCAUAGCUUACAGAUUUCUGUUAUCAUCAUCAAGAUCAAGAAACUUUUGCGUGACUUUGAUUAUUAUUUUUCACAGAAAUUUCUACAAAUUAAAAUACGACGUCAUCAUCAAGCAUAUGGUUGCUCAAUCUCUCACCAGAGGGCGUAUUACGCUUUGCUGUCAGUGAAGCUUGUGGAACGCGCCCUCUGGUGAGAGAUUGAUGGUUGUUGAGUAAUUCAGAUACUAGUGAAAGGGUGGAUUGUACUUCGUUCAUCUUGCUCACUUCUCUCCCAUUACACUGCAUUUGUACACAAUAAUAUAACAUCCAAAAUGUUUCCCAGUACACUCAAAACGGACAUGUAUACUAUAAGUGAAUUCAGUGUAAAGAGUUUUUUUCUGUCAAAAGAAAUUGUAAUAAAAUUUAAAACUAUAUUUGCUCGUGUCUAGAAAUGGCAGUGUUUUAUUGACAAGCACACUAGAUUACAAUGUUUACAGAUUUUGGCAAAUCAAUCUCUCUCUCUUUCUCUCUCUCUCUCUCUUAAAAAACAAAAAAUUACACAUUUCCUUUCUUUGAUAAUGGCAUUGACCAUUUUAAUUUUUCGCUACUUUUGUGACGUAUGAAUUUGUAAACUUCAUACAUACAUGUGGUUUAUGGCUGUAUAACUUUCAUACACCCACGUGGUCUAUGUUUCUGAUUGUUGAUGUGAUACACUAUAUUACUUUCUAAAUAUAUAUUUUUCUGUUUAUAUAUAUUACUAUUUAUUGUCAAAAUAGUUUCAUUUCCGUUGAAUUGGGGUUUUUUUUUCGAAGGAAAAUAAUAUGAUGAGCAUUGUGGUUCUGUUCAACACAUUGUGUAACCAUUUGAUUUGGUUUUUUUAUAAUAUCUAGUUAUGUGUAGGAUAAAUAAAUUAUAUAUGAUACAAUC